AUGGGUAUCGUCUUAGAAGUCCCGAGGCGCACCAGCUCUUCAUGGUUGGGGCCACGGAAUUACGUCGGCGUGGACAUGGCUUGGCACGAGAUGAGACUGCUGCUCGCGGAACUGAUGUUCAAUUUCGAUAUUAAGUCGGAUGUUGGCCCUGACUGGAGGGGCCAGAACGUAUACGUCGGUCUCCUCUACUGGCGGCCAUCGUGUGAGAAGAGUGUGAGCCGAGUCCGGUGGCCAAUCCUCAUAGUCAAGGGAACGGCUGCCACUCUCGUCAUCGGGAAGCAUCCAGGCUUCCGGGAGACAAGCCAUCGUUUCUACCGUCGCGGCAUGUCCGGCCGCAGCUUGGCGAGUUGGCG